AUGUCCAACUUUGUGCCGCCCUCACAACACCGCUCGCUGCGCGCCUGUAUGGUCUGCAGCAUUGUCCUUCCAGGUUCGCGCUUCCGCCGCGAGGGAUGUCCCAACUGUGAAGAGUUCCUCGAGCUGUCCGGCCACGACGAUGCCAUCCAGGAAUGUACCAGCCAGGUCUUUGAAGGUCUCAUCACUCUUGCCGACCCUACUUCCAGCUGGGUAGCCAGGUGGCAGCGACUCGACAGCUAUGUCCCUGGUAUUUAUGCCGUCAAGGUCACCGGCAUUGUAAGCCCACUUCUUGCCCACGCACCGCUUCACUUGUACUGA